AUGCACUGGGUACGCAACUUGUCCACCUUGCGAAGCAAGGGUCGUGUGCGUGAUACAACCAUUACCGCCGCCCGCUGCCCCGCUCAUGGGCUCAGCAUGAGUGAUGACGAAGCGUAUGCGGCGCCGCUUUCUGACGAGGAGUCAUUCCCGCCGGACGAUCAUUUUGACGAAGAGGAAGCGCGCAAUAGGACCCUUUUUAGCGGAUUUACCUCAGAUGUUGACCACCCACAUUCCUCGAUCUCCAGCUCAAGUGUGCAGAGCAGCAGUGUCGAUCUUCGUAGGGAACCCGGCCCCAGCUCCUUAUCACAGCGUUCGCAACCAGGACGUCGCCGGGCGAAGGUAUUGUGGGCUGAGGACAUAGGCCAUGAGCGGAUCGCCCACAAACAUAAACAGCCCGGUCUGCUCAAACAACUUAGCAAAGUGCUCGGCAAGGGCAAACCCCACAACCCCACGUAG